ACUUCACACUAUAUAACCCACUGAACCAAACAAACUCGCAUUUCAAAACCAAAUCUCGCAUUAAACAAACCUAACAGAUUCAUCGUAGAUCGAGUUUGCGAUCGAAAUCGCAAUGAGGAAGUGGACUCUUCCGUCAGUUCUGUUCCUGUUAUGUCUUCUCUUUCUUCUUCCGGAUCACGGUCGAAAAUUGCACGCCAACGCAGAGUCUGAUGCGGAUGAACUGGUGGAUCCACCAAAGGUUGAAGAGAAGCUUGGUGCUGUUCCACAUGGUUUAUCCACUGAUUCUGAUGUUGUCAAGAGGGAAGCUGAAUCGAUGACCAGGAAAAAUCUUCGCAGCAAUGCUGAGAAGUUUGAGUUCCAGGCUGAAGUAUCUCGGCUUAUGGACAUCCUUAUCAACUCUCUUUACAGCAACAAGGACAUUUUCUUGAGGGAAUUAAUAUCCAACGCAUCUGAUGCUUUGGACAAAAUUAGAUUCCUUUCUCUUACUGAUAAGGAGGUAUUAGGUGAGGGUGAUGAUGCCAAGCUUGAGAUCCAGAUUAAGUUGGACAAAGAAAAAAAGAUUCUUUCCAUUCGCGACAGAGGUGUGGGUAUGACAAAGGAGGAUUUGAUCAAGAACUUAGGAACAAUUGCCAAGUCUGGAACUUCAGCUUUUGUGGAGAAGAUGCAGACAGGUGGCGAUCUUAACCUCAUUGGUCAGUUUGGUGUUGGAUUUUACUCCGUAUAUCUUGUUGCCGACUAUGUGGAAGUAAUCAGCAAACACAACGAUGACAAACAGUAUGUCUGGGAGUCGAAGGCCGAUGGUGCUUUUGCAAUUUCUGAAGAUACAUACAAUGAGCCCCUUGGUCGUGGUACUGAAAUAAGACUCCACCUUAGGGAAGAAGCUGGGGAAUACCUUGAAGAGUCAAAAUUGAAGGAAUUGGUCAAAAAGUAUUCCGAAUUUAUCAACUUUCCCAUUUACCUCUGGGCCACCAAAGAAGUUGAUGUUGAAGUCCCCGCCGAUGAAGAUGACUCCAGUGACGAUGAAGAAAAACCAGCAGAAUCCACUGAAGGUGAAGAGAAAGAAGAUGAAGAUACUGACAAAGAAGAAGAUGAAGAUAAACCAAAAACUAAGACCGUCAAAGAAACGACCUAUGAAUGGGAACGUCUAAAUGAUGUUAAGGCUAUAUGGUUGAGAAGUCCAAAGGAAGUGACAGAGGAAGAAUACACAAAGUUCUACCACUCUCUUGCUAAGGAUUUUGGUGAUGAGAAGCCAAUGGCAUGGAGUCACUUCAACGCCGAAGGUGAUGUUGAGUUCAAGGCGGUUCUAUUUGUGCCACCCAAGGCUCCUGCUGAUUUAUACGAGAGUUACUACAACACCAACAAAUCAAACCUCAAGCUUUAUGUUAGAAGAGUAUUUAUUUCAGAUGAAUUCGACGAGCUUUUACCUAAGUAUCUAUCAUUCUUGCUGGGUCUUGUUGAUUCCGACACAUUGCCACUUAACGUAUCUCGAGAAAUGCUUCAACAACACGGCAGCUUGAAGACCAUUAAAAAGAAACUUAUCAGGAAGGCACUUGACAUGAUUCGCAAGCUUGCUGAAGAAGACCCUGAUGAAAUUCACGACAAAGAAAAGAAAGCAGAGGUGGAAGAAUCAAAGGAAAAUGACGAGAAGAGGGGACAGUAUGCUAAGUUCUGGAAUGAAUUUGGCAAGUCGAUUAAACUCGGUAUCAUUGAGGAUGCAGCAAACAGGAACCGUUUGGCUAAACUUCUUAGAUUUGAGACCACGACAUCUGAUGGCAAACUAACAUCACUUGAUCAAUACAUCUCAAGAAUGAAAUCUGGGCAAAAGGAUAUCUUCUACAUCACAGGAAGCAGCAAGGAACAGCUUGAGAAAUCCCCGUUCCUCGAGAGGCUCAAAAAGAAAAACUUGGAGGUGAUAUUUUUCACAGAUCCUGUGGAUGAGUACCUGAUGCAAUACUUGAUGGAUUACGAAGACAAGAAAUUCCAGAACGUAUCGAAGGAGGGUUUGAAGCUCGGAAAGGAUUCCAAAGACAAAGAAAUCAAGGAAUCAUUCAAGGAGUUAACCAAAUGGUGGAAGGAAGCCCUUGUCAGUGACAACGUCGAUGAUGUCAAGAUUAGCAACCGUUUGGCUGACACCCCUUGUGUGGUGGUAACCUCUAAGUACGGAUGGAGUGCUAAUAUGGAAAGAAUCAUGCAAUCUCAAACUCUAUCCGAUGCCAGCAAACAAGCGUACAUGCGUGGCAAACGAGUGCUUGAGAUCAAUGCAAGACAUCCAAUCAUCAAAGAGCUCCGUGAGCGAGUUGUGAAGAAUCCAGAGGAUGCAAGUGUAAAGACAACCGCUCAACUUAUGUACCAAACAGCAUUGAUGGAGAGUGGAUUUAUGUUACCCGAUCCUAAGGACUUUGCUUCACGUAUAUACGAUUCGGUGAAGGCCAGUUUGAGCAUAAGUCCCGAUGCAUCUGUCGAUGAGGAAGAUGAAGUGGAAGAGGCCCCUGAGGUUGAGAACACCGGCAGCGAGAAGGAAGAAACUGAUUCUACACCCACAGAAGAAGAGCAGGAGGAUAUUAAGGAUGAGCUAUAGCGAGUUAACUCGUUAGGAUUAAACGAGGUUUAAACGAGGUUUUAUUGUCGGAAGAUGAUAUGCAUUCGUGUACUGUUUUUGCCAUUGGCUUGGAAAAUGUACUACAUACAUUGUUAGCAGGAGUUGUGUGUUUCGGGUAAUUUUCCACCUUUGUUAUUAGAUUGCUUGUUGUACUUUUUUUUU